GGAAGUCCUACUCGAGAACCCUGCUGCAAGGGGUGGUGCCUCUUCUGCCCCGGGAAGACUGUGAGGUCCGUUAUGGACAGAAGUUCACUAAUCGCAUGAUUUGUGCUGGGAACCUCUCUGAAGAUAAACGGGUGGACAGCUGCCAAGGUGACAGUGGAGGGCCACUUAUGUGUCAGCGGUCAAAUGGACGCUGGAUCAUUUUGGGGAUCACCUCCUGGGGUUAUGGCUGCGGUCGGAAGGAUUCCCCUGGCGUGUACACAAAGGUCAGCAAAUACGUACCCUGGAUCAAGAAAGUGGCCAAGCUAAAAUGA